GCAUUUUGGCACUCCUCACACAUAUCUGAGUAGGGACACUAUUGACACACAAAUAGCCAAAUUCAAGAGAGGAUGAACGCCAUCACGUUUGCAUUGUUUCUCUUCGCUGGUCUCAAAGGUUGCGCUCUGACUUUGACUAGUGAUGGCUUGAACAACAGCCCAGCUGCACUGAUGACAGCUGGGAGCCCCUGUGAGGACUGCACUAAAAUAAUCAACCUCCUCAUUGACCUGCUUUCCAACACAGAACUCCAGAAAAAGAUCACACAGGGCAUUGGCAACCUGUGUGACCACCUGCCUGGGAAAGCCAGCAUGGCUGCAUUCUGCAAGGAGGAGGUGGACAAGAUCCUUCCAGUGGCCAUCAGCGUCAUUACUGUUGUAGCGAAGCCACGGGAUGUUUGUAAAAUCAUGGGGCUGUGCGGCUCAAACGAGCAGCAGAAAACGCUCAGCAAUUUGGUCAACAAAGCCCUCCAGGGGAAACCCAUAUCACCAUGCUCAUUCUGCAUCUUUUUCAUCAAGACACUGGACGACUUGCUGCUCAAAGAGAGGACUGAGGAGGCCGUGGUGAAGCUGAUGGAGGAUGUCUGUCACAUCCUGCCCAUCUCCUACCGUGAUCAAUGCGAGGUGGUCAUCGGGACGUUCAGCAAGACGCUGCUGGACGCCCUCCUCAGCUACGCCACCCCGAAUGCCAUCUGCUCCCUAAUCCGCCUUUGCCAAAGCCAGGAGGGUCCUCCCGUUGGUCAGUCAUGCUGACAUGCACUAAAGCUGUACCCAUUCUUGUGUAAUCUGGAAGGAAAACAAGAUGAAACACUUACAGUAAAGUCCAGAAAGAGCAUUUGAGGAAUACAGGUUUCUAUUCCUCAAUGUUUUGUCAUACACUUGCUUGGCAUUACUGUUUUCUGUAAAUGUAAAUGUUUGUGUAAUGUAAAGC